AUGAUGGGUCUGUGGCUCCCCAGAGUCCCCGGUGUGGCAGCUGUGGUCCUGACACUGAUGGCGCUGAGCCCUCCAGUGGCUUUGAUCAGGGACCCCCGACCACAUUUUCUGGAGCAGCUGAAGGCUGAGUGUCAUUACCUCAAUGGGACAGAGCAAGUGAGGAGUGUGACCAGAUUCAUCUAUAACCAGGAAGAGUUUGCACGCUUUGACAGUGACAUUGGGAAGUUCCUGGCAGUGACUGAGCUGGGGCAGCCCAUAGCUGAGGACUUGAAUAGCCAGAAGGAUGUCCUGGACAAUUAUCGGGCCUCAGUGGACAGGUGCAGGAAUAACUACAGACUGGUUGAUUGGUUCCUGUUGAACUUAAAAGCUGAGCCCCAGGUGAGUGUGUACCCGACAAAGACUCGGCCCCUGGAGCACCACAACCUCCUGGUCUGCUCUGUGAGUGGCUUCUACCCGGGGAACAUUGUAGUCAGAUGGUUCCGGAAUGACCAGGAGGAGAAGGCUGGGGUCGUGUCCACGGGCCUGAUCGGGAAUGGAGACUGGACUUACCAGACCCUGGUGAUGUUGGAGAUGGUUCCUCAGAGUGGAGAGGUUUAUACCUGCCAGGUGGAGCAUCCCAGCCUGACCAGCCCUGCCACAGUGGAGUGGAGGGCUCAAUCUACAUCUACACAUAACAAGAUAUGGAGUGGAAUUAUAUUCGUGCUGGGUCUGCUGUUGCCUAUAGGGCAAUGCUUCUACUUCAGGAAGCUGAGAGAUGUAGAAAUCUGAAGAAUCAGAAAAGCAGAGCAGCCAGCCACUAGAAUCCUUACCUCAAACAAUGCUCAGACCAAAGGGCAACCCUGUCCCUAAAAACCCUCAGACUGCCUGAGCUCCUGUCCCUUCCCACCUUAUAUCCCUCUCCCUGCCCAGCCAUAGCCUCCUGUCUCCACCUCUCUAGUUCUGGGAUUAAAUGCCUGCCAUUCCUAAGUGCUGGGAUCAUCUUUGUGUGAGCUAUGCUUUUCUUAUAGACAGAUUCAAUCUUGUGUAGCCCAGGGAACUCUCAGAGAUCCAUCUGCCUCUGUCUCCUGUCUCCUGAGUGCUAGGAUUAAAGGUGUGGCCACCACUGCCUGGCCUCUAUGGCUAACUAGUGGCUCAGCUUUACACUGUGAUAUUCAGACAAGCAUUAUUUGUUACAGCAUAAACAAAAUAUCACCACACAUUUGUCUGUUUAUUUUUUUACUUCCUAAAUAUAUGGUUAUAUAAAAAAUGAAACAAUUACAUUUGGUAUUCUUUGAAAUCCUAAUACUUUUUGUUUAUUUAUUUUGCCAGUUUUUUACUACCCAACACCAUAAUGUCCUAGCUACCAAGUGGGGAGGUUCCAAAUGCUCUACCCCACAGCUGUCUUUUCCCAGAUUAAAUAAAUUGCUUUUUAUUACAUGUUUCCUAAGAAAUCAGU